ACUGCAAAAACACAACAUAUGAGUGAGCGAUACAGCGCUUACACCACCAAAUAAGUAGUGAUUUUUAAAUGCCAUUUAUAUAAUUACGAGUGAUUGUUAUCAUUGAUAUAUUUUGUGCUAAAUUAAGUGCCUAUCAGUGUGUGUAUACAAACAUACAAUUAGUUUGCGUGCGAAUAGCCAUUGGAUUUAGUGAUAUAGUGUACGAAACGACCAUACGAGUGGAUACAUUGGCUCCAGAAGUGAUCGCAUAAGACGAUAGCCUUAAGCCCACACCACAGACACACGAGUGACUGAUUAUCUGCGAUCUGAUCCGAUUGCCACCCGAAAGGAGAUAACGAUAUAUAAUAUAGCGAUGAAUGAGCGCAAGAAGAAGGUGUCGACGAAGACGGCCUCUCAGCUGAUCUCCGAGUUGGGCGAAGACCACGAGAAGCUCAAAGACACGAAACUAUACAAACUGUUUGCCGCGCAUAUCGUGAACAACCCGAAGAUGACACUGUCGGAGGUGUUAGCCAUGGCUGACGCCGAGAACAGCUCCAGCGAUGAGGAGGAGGAAGAGGAG